AGUAUUUUCGUUAAUGAAAUAUUCAGGUCUCAUUCAAUGCAAAUUAAGUGAGAUAUAGCAUCGGUUACCAUGCGACAUGAAACACUUUAAGAAAGAUCUAACACCUGCUAUGGGGCCUUACAAACAUAUUUUACGAUACGGUGAGCAAACAAUCGCAGGAAAUUAUUCAUCUUAUCAAAACCCUACGCAUUUGGAGCUUAUUUAGCCUUCUGGAACAGUUUCGUGGAUAGUGUUUAGUGUCCUUUGCUAUGUAUAAGAAUAAGUAAAGAAGACGUGAGGAAAUUUUGAAGAAGUAUUAUUUAUUAUUGUUUAACUUCGUGGGCUGCUGCAAGUGUUGUCUUCGUUGGAAAUAUUAUACGUCGAAUUCAACCGAAGAGGCAAAUAUUUUCGGCAUGCUAACAUUACUGAAUAUCAUAGAAAUUUAGAGACAGAAGUAUUGCGAGGCCUUCACCAUGAAUUCUAAUCGAAGGAUUGUCUUCUUCGUCGAAUGGGAUACAGACUUCGUCAGUUUUAUCAAGGGAAUCACUUUGUCGCCAUCGCUACGAGGCGUCAUUGUUUUACACAUCUUCUAUAGGCAAGAAAUUUCGACGAAAUUUCUUCCAAAGUACAAGCCCUGGCUUUUUAAGCAUCCUGCAGCUUCAGAACAGGAAAAUUCCGCUUGGGAUUUGUUGGAGUCUUACGUAAAGAGAUUUAACUUCGAAGCAAACUAUUCGUUGUCGACACCUCAUGAAAAAAGGAGGCCGGGAACCGCAAAAACCUCAGCAAGUCUGGGUAGUCGGGGUGGUUCUGAUGCAUUUGUUGGUAAAUCUGUUCCCACUCAAGCGUACUACGUGAUCUCAAAAUCGACAGAAAGAUGUAAAAAGCUGGCUGAAACUGUUGAUCAAAUGCAACAAGUCAAGCUGGAAUGCGUGGAAUUUACCACAACAACAACAUUACUAGAUUUUCUACAAUUUAAAUGUCCCUACUGUAGGAUUGCUUUUACUGAAAAGAGGGAGCUGGAUAUUCACGACAGAGAGAGCCAUGGAUUUGUUUGCCCGAACCAGGAAUGCAAAUUUAACGCAAAGGAAAACUCUUUUCGCGGAGAAACCGAGUUAAAGGAACACAUAAAAAAUCAACUUCGAUGCGCAUUUUGCCCCACAAAGGUGUUCUGCUCCUCGGAUGUGCUAGAACUUCAUAAGCGAAGCUCGCACAAAAAGUGUCCCUGUCCUUGUGGGAAAUAUUAUGGCGAGCGAUUGUCAUAUCUGGAUCAUUUUUUCGCUGUUUAUCCUUCGCCCUCUUCAAUUACUUCGUCACCUUCCGCUGGUGAAAGACAGACGAAGGGAGAGUUGGGAAAUAAUCGUGGUCACCUACACGUUGAUAGUAGCCGUAAGAGCGCAGCUGAUAAACUAAAAAACAAUUUGUCUGAAUAUUCGGCUGAACCAUCACGUGUAAACGGUCAGUCACCUAACAAGUCUGCAGAUAGUUGUAGUCUAGGCGGAAGUAAAGAAAACGUUGCCCAUGAGGGAUGACGAUACAACUAAGUGAAGGCAAAUUUAUGCAGUCAAUUACGUGGUACCAAAGAAUAUUACCUGCUCUUGCCCAUUCAAAAUUAUCCUAAUUAUCAAACAUGUUUGUGUCUGCUGAGCGCGAGAACUACUGUGCUCAUUCUGCCGCCGUAUGAUGCAAUACAACACAUUUCCUUCCUGUAUCGAAAGCACAAUUCGAAGAAAGCAGAAGAAAUUCGAAUGAUACUAAGAACUAACCAAAAAGCUGGAUUGGAAACCCAAAUAUCGACAUUGGACUUGGAAUAAGGAACAAUCAGCAUAGGCCAAGCUUUGAACAACCCUUAACUGGAGUCACGAGAAAAACCUUGAUAAGCAGGCCUAAACCACUUCAGGAUAUAUAACUACACAGAAGAGGUCAAUUGUGGGUUAUGAAACCUCCUAAUUUUCAUUAUAUGAUUAGCAGUUCUCUCUUCUGCCUGUCAUACAUUUUUUUGGAAAUUAUUCGGGAGAAUUUCAUGCUGUAUCAAGCAGGGAAGAAUAAAUCUCUUGUGAUCAAGAGAACACCCUCUAGGUGGUUGUAAGUAAUUCGCUAACUUUCGAUGGUCAGUAAGUUUGCGCGGACAUUUUGAAAGGUUACUGAUGAACCUCUGGACCGAGACGAAACGUCACGUUAUACCAGCAGUUAAGUAUUUUUACAAGUAUUUGACGUGUUUGACAUUGUUUUAUUGUACAGAAGAUCAUCAAAACUCGGCAGGAUAAAACUUACAACAUUCAGUUCGAUGAAAAGGAAAAAAACUCCCGGGAAGUAUUAUUCGUGAGUAGGCUUUACUGACACUAGUUUUUUUUUCCAAUCUUUUUAUUUCCUCAACUGAAGGCAACGCUCUCAGAG